AUGGCUGACAAAAACUGCCAGGCCUUAACCUUGGACUUUAUUGCCGUAGAGGACGACGCGGAAAUGAUCGCCGUGGAGGAUGAGAUUCGCCGGGACUUGAAAGAAAUUGGCGUUACAGUCAAUACCCGUUUUCUUAGCCGAGAGGAUUACAUUGAAGCUGAGUUGAAUGGUGACUAUAACAUGCUCUUCACUCGUACCUGGGGUGCCCCGUACGAUCCUCACAGCUAUUUCAAUUCGUGGGCCGUUCCAAGCCACGUCGAGUACACGGCCAUUGACACGUUAGAAGCACCUCUUAGUCGCGAGCUCCUUUUGAAAAAGAUUGAAAAUGUGCAGAAGGAACUAGAUGAGAUGCAGAUUCAGGCACAGUGGCGAGAGAUCUUGAACGAUGUCCAUCAGCAGGCCAUCUUUUUGCCGCUCUGGGGCACCCGAAUUCCAUACGUGAUCAACCGUCGUCUUUCAGGGUUUACGCCAAGUGAUCAGGCCUUUACGUAUCCAUUAAGUAGCAUUCGUAUCUCAAGCGGAUCUGCCAACAUCACCAUCGCGCCGGGUUCCGGCGGCUCGCUCUUCACGUCGGUCGGACCCUUGAAUCCUCACCAGUACUUUCCCAAUCAGAUUUUCGCCAGCGAUUGGAUUUACGAAGGCCUCGUGAAUUACGGACAAGAUGGUGAGAUUGUUCCAUCGCUAGCAUCGGAGUGGACUACGGAACGCACUGCCGAAGGACAGCGCGUUAUCUUCCAGCUUCGUGAAGGCGUCAAAUUUCACGAUGGCAGUGAUUGGAACUGCACUGUCGCCAAGCUCAACUUUGACCACAUUUUUUCCGACACGGUCCGCGAACGUCAUUCCUCAUUUGGAGCUACAGCGAAUCUCAAGAGCUGGACGUGCAAUCAGAAUGGGGAGUUUGUUUUGGAAACGUCCGCACCGUUUUACCCUCUGCUCCAAGAGCUUACGUAUAGUCGCCCGUUUGUUUUUGCGUCUGCUAGUUCCUUUGCUGCAGGCAUUGACUCUGAUCCAGAGACUCAAAACUCAUGUGAAUCCGGAGAUUUUGGGUCCAAAUGGGACUAUCUUGAGGAGUUUGUUACCUGCCUCGGUCUCUCGGCUCCCAUUGGUACGGGACCGUUCAAAUUUGCGGAUCGUGAAUACCUCCCGGGAACGAACGAGACAAUGGAUGCCAAGGUUACGUUUGCGCGCCACGAAGACUAUUGGGGUGGCUUGCCCGCAAUCGAAUUCCUUGAAAUAAUCCACUUUGAGGAUACGGAUGCGGUCGAAGCCGCGUUAUUUGACGGUCAGCUGGAUAUGGUUUUGGGCUCCGGUCCCCUUUCUGCCAAACAAGUUCAGAAUAUCAAGUUUGUACAUAGCGACAAGUUUGAUGUCCGCCACAGUGCAGUUUUACAGAAUGCACUGGUUGUCUUAAACUCUGGUAAGGCACCAACGGAUGACAUCCAAACACGCCAAGCCAUUAUUCACGCCGUCAACAAAGCAAUCUUUAUUGAAGAUGAGUUUGCGGGCUUGGAACAAGCCGUUUCGCAGCUUUUGCCGCUCACCGCACCGUACAGUAACGUUGAUCUCAAUCCAAAGUGGAAUUACGAUUUGGAAAAAGCCAGAUUUCUCAACUGCCCUGCAGAUAUGAAUGGCAGCUCGGAGGACAGCUUGUCGGGUGGUGCAAUUGGGGGUAUUGUUGCGGCAAUUUUGGUGGUACUGGCAAUGGCUGUCUUUUUGGGACGUUUGAUUCUACGCGAAAAACAGGGGAAGCCAAUGUUUGCCCCAGAAAAGAUACGCAAGGGCGAACAAGCUUGA